CAGUCUGAAUAUCUGAAUUAUUAUAUUUUAGAGCUGUCAGAAUUAUCAAUUUAUAAUUAUUCUUAAUCACGAUUAACACAUUUAAUGCACCGUUAAUACAGCAUAAAUACUGGUUGGGAGGGCAGAACCUUUGUAAUGUGUCCGCCCGAUGUCAUUACACUGAUGGACACACCACAAUCACACACCACAGUGCUUCCCUCUCAGUGAUAAAAUGAUGGAGAAAGGAAUUUUUAGCACCAUUUGAUGUACAAAAAAGCAAGUAUGUAACAGACUUGUAUUUUUUAGCCUUAGUAAGGCACAUUUUAAUUGCCACAGAAGCAAACCAAGUCUUUACUAUCACUAAAAUUCAGAAUGAGAUGUUUUUGUCUGCAAGCGCUUUAAUGUGGAGUUCAAAGCAAAGCUUGACCUGGUGUUGAUGUUCUGAUGCGAAUCAUGAACACGACUUCACGAUUGCUGUAGGAAAGCAGAUAGCCACAGGAUACCUACCGGCAGAUUAAUAUUGUGGAGGAUAGAGAAAAGACAGUUGCUCCAAGGAGGUGGAUAGAGACAGUUGUGGAUCCUUUGCCACAGGCUCACCAGAGAUGGACCAGAACCCGUAUCCUCCACCUGAGGAAGUAGAAGCUGAGGCUGGUGAAGAGGCAGAUGCCAUCGGGGAGACGAUGUACAGCAAACACUGGCUCUUCAACACCCUGACCCUCCUUAUUCAGAUGAUGACAGAUCAAGAAUUCGGACAUAGUGAUGCUUUAGUUGAGUUGUUGGAUGAGCUGGAAGAGGACCUGUAUAAAGUAUGGGACAUGGCUAUGGAUAAGUUUUAUGUCGAGUACUGUCAGAGGACAGGUGGAAACCCGGAAUCGGAAAGGAGUCACAAAGAGGAAGGGAAGGACGAGGAGGAGGAAACAGAUGUACAGCUCAAAGCUUUAAUCGAAACCACAGCUGACUUCCUUUCAGUUCUGAUAAUGGACCUGGCUAAGGUGCAGCACCUGGUCGGCCUGUUGUCUGAAGUGGAACCUAAACUGGCAGACAUUAUAAAGAAGGACAUUUCCAUUUCGUCCAAUAUGUGAAGCUGAACUAAACUGAAUGCAAUGAACUGAACUGUUCCUCAAUUAAUCUGUUCACCCUCUUAAAUCAAUUAGGUUUUGGAGAUUAGAUUCUCCUUCUGAACUUUAAAAACCACUGUUUAAAAAAAGACAGAAAAUGUAGUUUUUAUUGUACAUACUCUGAGACAAAUAUUUGUUUAUUGAAUUGUUGUAUUAUCUUUGUGUGUGUAAACGCUGACAUUUCUUAUUAAU